GCACUCGGCGGGCGCCCGCUAGGCCAUGCCGGAAGUCACGCAGUGUCAGUUACCGCCGAUGACGUAGCGGGCGGUGACGGGCAGGGGGCGUUGCCGGUGUGGUUGUGCUGGUGUGUCGGUGCGGUGUUUUCGGAUUCCCCCCAGAUCGGACACAUGGCGGCGCACACACCGAGACCGAUCAAAAGCAUCCUGAAAAACAAGGAGUCUGAGCCCCCCGAGCGCCGGGUCACCAACCGGCAACAGCCGCAGCAAGAGGGGGACGACGAUCAGAGUAAAAAGUCCCAGAAAUGGGAUGAAAUGAAUAUCCUAGCUACGUAUCAUCCUUCUGAUAAAGACUACGGUUUAAUGAAAAUUGAUGAACCUAGCACACCAUAUCACAGGAUGGUUGGUGAUGGAGAUGAUGAUGAAGGAGCCAUGAGUGAUUCAGAGUCCAAUGAAGCAAUGACUGCAGAUGUGUUGGCUAGAAAGUUAGCAGCAGCAGAGGGAACGGAGCCUAAAUUCUUGGUUCAAGAAGAUAGCAGUGAAGAGGAAGAAGAUGAAGAGCUGACUCCAGAAGAGAGAGAAAAAAAAAAGGAAUUUGAAAUGAAAAGAAAGCAUCAUUACAAUGAAGCCAUGAAUAUUAAACUGGCUCGGCAGCUGAUUGCAAAAGAGUUGGCCGGAGAACCAGAUGAUGAGGAGGAUGAAGAUGAAGAGAUGCAAGAUAUCACAGACACAGAAGCUCAUCCUGACCAGCUGCAGAUCAACGAACAAGCUCUCUAGAUUAUGCUUGUGCUGUACUGCUAGAUGAAGGCCUAUUUAUUGCCACACCAAUGCACUGACCUGAUCGUGAAUGGACUACAUUGAGGAGUAUAAAAAUAAUUCUUCUCCGUUGCCAAUAUAAUGUUUCAGACUCCUUAAUUAAGCAGCCAUUUUUUUUAUUACGCUACUGACUGGUAGGUCUGUCUGACAUAUACAGUUUGAUAUCGGUAGCCAAGUAUGCAAGUAUUAGUUCAGAGAGAUCUUUUUAACCAGUCAUUACAUGCAAUAUUAGUUUGCCAUUCAUAACACACUAUCAUGGUUUUAUGAACUCAUGCAUGUUGGUUAUAGGCUUCCCAAGUGUGCUUUUUCACGUGUAAAAUAUUCUGUUAAAGAAAAUGUAUCAUUGAUAUAAAAAGUAAUUCUUCUACUGCUUUGAAGAAAAAAAAAAAAAAGUGUUUUUUUUGAGUUAUAGGAAAAAUUGUUUAUUUGUAGCAUUAAAAAAAAAAAAAAGUAUGAUGUCCAUUCAUUAUGAUUUGCAAAUCAUAACCAACGUAUCAGGACAACCCUGUAACAUCUGCAUAUGUGUCCUUGGAUAGUUAAAUUUCCUAAAUGUUACAAUGAUUUUGUACUGAAAGUACACCGUCUGGAGUUAAAAAGCACAUUUAGUACAUUGCUUGAGUUUUUUGUUUUGUUUUUGGCAUAUAUAUAAUUUUUUUAGAUUUUAUUUAGAGCUAUUUCUAUGUAUUCGAGAGGCACUUUUAUUUAAAGAGAACUAACAAAUUGAUCUAAAAUGAUACAGUACACAAAAACAGAAUGGCGUAAAUCAAAUGUAUUUAGAAUUCAGCUGUUGGUAAUAAUUGCUACAUAAAUCCAACAGAAAUAUUCUGCUACCUUAGUGACCAUUUGUGAUACACACUACACUGAGGUUUACAGUGAUAUUACAUUUAGCCAUGUUAUAGUAGGAAAUCUUUACUAUGUACCAACAUUUUUUGCAAAGUACAAUCCGGCUGUAUUCAUGUUGUCUGUGUUACCUUUAUUCAUAAACCUAUUAUCUAUGUUCAGGAAUAAAUGAUAAAAAGGGCUGACUUGAAUUUGUGCAAUGGACAAUUCGGAGCAUGAGUUUGUAAAGAUUUUUUGCCUUUAUAAGGCUUCUGCCUUGACUGUUAAUGUAUUAGGAAAUACACUUAUACCAGUGUAAUACACGCAAAAUAGUGUCUUCUUUUAGUCAGUUAUCCUAAAGACAUCCUCCCAAAGAUUGUUUAGAUUUUCCCCAUUUCUCGAACAGAUUCUCAAUCGUCUGAUAGAUAAUGUAUUGUAGGUCUCUCUGCUUUGGGAAAUAAAUGGAAGAUAAUGUGCUGCUAAACUACUGACCCUUUCUGGGAUUCCUUCUUGUCUGCCAUGUGAUGUCAAUAAAUUCAAAUAAGGGAUUAUGUGUGAA